AUGUCGUUAAGUGAAAUAAAUACUUUUUUCAAAAACCAGACUGUUUUUGUCCUCGGUGGAACCGGUUUUUUGGGAAAAAUUCUAAUCGAAAAACUCCUCCGGUUUGAUCAAAUUGCAAAAAUUUAUAUUUUAGUGCGUCCCAAAAAGGGGAAAACUGUCGAAGAACGUUUUUGCGAUUUGUUCGAUUUUCCGUGUUUCGAGCGUUUGAAAAAGGAAAAUCCGGGAUUUAGAAAAAAAAUUGUAUUUGUGAGUGGUGAUUGUGAGCAACCGAAUUUGGGAAUUUCACAAGAGACUGAAGAUGUCCUAAUUGCCGAAACAAGUAUCGUGAUACAUGCUGCUGCUAAUGUCAAGUUUGACCAACCUUUGCGAACUGCGACUUACAUCAAUGUUAGAAGUACACAGGAUUGUAUCAAUUUGGCUAAAAAAAUGCCAAAUUUGAAAGCUUUCAUUUAUGUAUCCACAGCCUACUCAAAUUGUCCCUAUAUUAACAUUGAUGAAAAAUUUUACUCCCCAUCAGUGACCCCAAAAACUUUACUUCAAAUUGUUGACUCUUUGGACGACGAAAUUUUGGAUAAUAUAACUCCAGGAUUAUUGGGCAAAUGGCCCAACUCUUAUGUCUUCACCAAAACCAUAGCUGAGGAUUUGAUCAAAUCUGAAGAAAACAAUCUUCCAAUAGCAAUAGUACGACCAGCGAUAGUGGUAUCAAGUGCUAAAGAACCAAUGCCAGGAUGGAUUGACAAUUUUUAUGGUGUUAUAGGAAUGACAAUAGCUAUAGCUCUGGGUGUGGUGAGGAGUGUCCACGCUAUUAAAAAAGCACCUUGUCAUUUAGUACCUUGUGAUUACGUUUGUAACAUUAUUCUAGCAUCUGCUUGGAAUGUUGCCAAAGAAAAGCCAGCUCAAAUUCCGAUUUACAACUAUUCCGGUUCGAACAAAAACCUCAUAUCUUGGCAAAAAUACGCCGAGUUGAUCGAAAGUUGCGCUUGGGAUUAUCCAUCUACCAAAGUUUUAUGGUACUAUGGUUUCAAAUUCACUGAUAAUAAAUUUUACCACGACCUCCAAACAUUUCUUUUUCACACUGUCGUUUUUAGUUUGGUCGAUUUAGUUCUAUUAUGUGUUGGCAAAAAACCAAUAGCCGUGAAAAACGUCAAAAGACUGAACUAUACCCUAAGUAAAGUGUCGUAUUUCACGCUGAAUAAUUUUAGCUUCACGCAUAAGAAUGUCGAAAGACUUUGGGGAAACAUGCAAGAGGAUGAUAAAAAAUUGUAUCCUUUCGAUAUGAGCGAGUUUGAUUGGGGGAAUUACAUCAGAAGGACAGUGGAAGGGGGUCGACUUUAUUUGUUGAAGGAGACGGAAGAAAGUAUUCCUCUGGGACACAAAAAAGUCAGGUUCUUGAGAAUCGCUUAUUAUUCAUCUUUAGUUUUGUUGUUUUACUGCAUUUUUCUUCUGGUUAAGGUCAUUUUCAACUUUUUCUUUUGAAUAAAUAUUUUUACCCAGAAAAAACUAUUUCGUUAUUUUAAAUUUGCAAAUUGGAAUACAAGAUGUCCCACGAGUAAUAAAAAACCUGAUUUUUUUUAAGCAACCAACAUUACAUUUCAAAGAUAAUGUGGAUUAUUUACUCUUAAUAAAUCACAUAUUG